AUGGGAGACAUAAACAGGUGGCUAUUGUCGUCUUAUUUGAAUGAAGGUGUUAACCAUGAUUAUGCCAUCCGAAGGUAUUGUCCUGCAAGAAUGGAGCAAGAGCAAGGAGGAGAGUGCCAAGAUCAAGAGGGAGUAGUUUUUGAUGAUACUGAAUUAUGUUCUUCUGAUGCUACCUGCAGCACUCCUUGUUUGGCUUCAUCUGAGGUUGAUGACUUUGUUGAUAGCUUUAUCAACAUGGAUCAGUAUGAGUAUGAGAAAGCGGAUCAAGGGUCCCAAGAGAAGCAUCAAAGUUUUGGCCACUUUGUGGUAAAUGAUGAUGAGGAUGAGACUGAUGCAUACUCCUUGGUGAAUGGUAUCUUUGGAUAUCUUCCAACCACCAUAGAGGAUUCAGAAUUGGAAAUCUAUGAAAAUCUCACAACAUCCAUGUUAGAGGAAGAGGUUGCAAUGAGUGGCUCUUUUGGUCCUAUACCUGACUUUGUGCCUUGUGCACAAGAGGCCAACCUUGGUGUGGACCAAGGGUUAGACUUGGUUCACAUGCUGCUGGCCUGUGCUGAAGCUGUAGGGUGUAGGGACAACCAGCAGGCAGAGUUGCUGCUUAGCAGAAUUUGGGCUUUGGCAAGCCCUUCAGGAGAUGCACUGCAACGAGUCUCCUACUGUUUUGCCACAGGAUUGAAGUGUAGGUUGUCACUUCUUCCUUAUCAUGUCAUUGCAAAUGGUACACUUCCAAGUACUUCCAUGGAUAUGCACUUAAUCAACAGGGAGAAUAAGCUGGAAGCAUUUCAGCUUCUUUACCAAACCACACCUUACAUUGCCUUUGGUUUCAUGGCUGCAAAUGAAGCCAUAUGCCAAGCAUCACAAGGAAAGAGCUCAGUACACAUUGUUGAUUUUGGAAUGGAGCAUACCCUUCAGUGGUCUUCCCUGAUAAGGGCCCUUGCUUCAAGGCCUGAGGGGCCUCCAACGCUCCGGAUCACCGGAUUAACCGGCAAUGAAGACACCUCUAAACUUCAAACUACCAUGAAUGUGCUUGUGGAGGAAGCAAGCUCAAUGGGAAUGCAUCUUGAAUUCCAGACAAUUUCUGAGCCUGUAACUCCAUCUAUUCUUACUAUGGAGAAGCUGAACUUGAGAAAAGGUGAAGCUUUAUUUGUUAAUAGUAUCUUGCAGUUGCACAAAUAUGUCAAGGAAAGUAGAGGCUAUCUAAAGGAAAUUCUCUUAUCAGUAAAAAGGUUAGGUCCAAUUGCUCUUACAGUGGUAGAGCAAGACACAAACCAUAAUGGCCCUUUCUUCCUUGGGAGAUUUUUGGAAUCACUUCACUACUACUCAGCCAUAUUUGAUUCUCUUGAGGCAUGUAUGCCAAGAAAUAGCCAACAUAGGAUGAAGAUAGAGAGAUUACACUUUGCAGAGGAAAUUAGGAAUAUAGUAGCUUAUGAGGGUCCAGAUAGAAUAGAAAGGCAUGAAAGGGUAGACCAAUGGAGAAGACAAUUAGGCCGAGCAGGAUUUCAGGUGAUGCCACUGAAGUGCACAAGUCAAGUUAGAAUGAUGCUUUCUGUUUAUGACUGUGAUGGAUACACAUUGUCCAGUGACAAAGGAAACCUUCUUCUUGGAUGGAAAGGAAAGCCAGUAAUGAUGUCUUCUGCAUGGCAAGUGGCAAGUGGGUGA